AUGGUGAAACUGGGGAAUAAUUUCAGCGAGAAGAGCACAAAGCAGCCCCUUUUGGAGGAUGGAUUUGACACCAUCCCCUUGAUCACACCCCUGGAUGUCAAUCAGCUCCAGUUCCCACCUCCUGAUAAGGUUGUGGUCAAAACGAAAACAGAGUAUGAGCCUGAUCGAAAGAAGGGGAAGUUCCGCACGCCUAAAAUAGCUGAAUUCACAAUCAGCAUCACUGAAGGAGUCUCAGAAAGAUUUAAGGUUACUGUGCUGGUCCUUUUUGCCCUUGCAUUCCUAACAUGUGUUGUAUUUCUGGUAGUCUACAAGGUUUACAAGUAUGAUCACACCUGUCCAGAAGGAUUUGUUUUCAAGAACAACCAGUGCAUUCCAGCCGGGUUGGAAAACUACUACUCUGAACAAGACUCCAGCACCCGAGGGAAAUUUUACACAGUCAUAAACCACUACAACCUGGCCAAGCAAACCAUCACGCGCUCAGUGUCCCCCUGGAUGACAGUACUGUCAGAAGAGAAACUGUCUGAGCAGGAGACUGAAGCUGCCGAGAAAUCAGCUUAG